AUGCAACCAUCAGCAGCUCACAAGUCAAAAGCGAUGCAAUUUAUGGAAUUGCGCGAGCAGCUGAAGCAACUUGAGCAAACUACUGUUAAACUAAGCGAUAAUAUGGACACGACUAUCAAACAAGUGCCAUCUAUUCGUAAAUUAACCACCUUGCAAUCGGCAGUGUUCUUGUCUGCUGGAAGAGUGCUGAAUCCUCCUCCUGAAGCCACACCAAAACGACAAUAA